AUGGCGCCCUUUGGUCAAACGAUCGCUGUGAUUGACAAGUCCGGCAAAGUUGUGAGCACGAGUAAGCAACUAUUUGGUGUUUUCAGCCAUGCCAAAAACGCCUAUCGCGAGCGCAAGUCCGCCUUCCAAUCAGAACGCAAUGCAAAAAUUGCAGAACAGCAAGCACUCCAAGGACUCGCCAACUAUCAGAUCGAUGACUCACCAUCGGUAGCCCCAUCUCGACGAAGCCGUGGGACCAGGUCAAGACAUCACAGUGGCCGCAGUCAUCGUGCUUCGUCUCACUACGAUGAUGGACAAACAGUUGUAUCACGGCGGGACUCUCAUUAUGAGCCCACACAGACAAUAGCCCGCCGUCAUACUCAUCACGAUGUGGCGACCCGAGAUGCCCCUCGCCCAUCAACGGCUCGAUCAAGAUCUGAUGCACAUAUCGACAUGGAUCUUGCAUAUGGGGACGCCUCUCAUGCAGCCUUAUCUCGAUACAACCCCCCAGAUCCCCAAACCGAUCAACAACAACUUGAUAGUCUUGUCAAUCGGGCACAGUGGCUUCUCGAAGAAGCACAUUGCGUACAACAUGGUGCUACCGCAACCAUCGCCCAUCUCCAGAAGAACCCAGAUGCCAUGGCCGCCGUCGCCUUGACUCUAGCGGAGAUCAGCAACCUGGGGCGCAAGAUGGCGCCCGCAGCAUUAACCGCGCUCAAGUCAGCCUCGCCAGCCGUUUUUGCCCUUCUUUCCAGCCCUCAAUUCCUCAUCGCUGCCGGUGUCGGUCUAGGCGUGACCGUGGUCAUGUUUGGAGGAUACAAGAUUAUCCAAAGAAUCAAAGCCGGCGCUAUUGGGGAAGAAGGAAAGCCAGCCGAACCGGAAACGGAAAUGGAAAUGGAAGAAAUGAUGGAGUUGAACACCGACGAUCUCAGUUCUGUUGAAAUGUGGAGACGCGGCGUCGCUGACGAACAAGCCCACAGCGUUGGAACCUCUGUUGAUGGCGAAUUCAUCACACCCACCGCAGCGGCCAUGUCGGGCAUUGAUGUGACCACUGCUCGUGCGCGACGGGACCCUCGUUUCAAAUUCGACGAAGAUGCCUCGGUCGCUUCGUCUCGACGCUCCCGCCGUUCACGUAGUACCCGGGCUCCGACGCACGCACCGUCAGAGCGGCACGAACGGAGAUCAAGAGCUCCCUCAGAGCCACCGAGUGGAUUCUUCGGGCGAAGUUCAUCCAGGUCCAAGGCGCCAUCACAAGCGCCCAGCAAAGCGCCCAGCAGAACACCAAGCAAAUCUCACAGUCGAGCUCCCAGUUAUGCCCCCAGUCGCACCCCAUCUAAACAUAGCACCUAUGUCUCUGAAACAGAGAAACGGCCUAAGGAGAAAAAGAAAGGUCCCAGCCGGCUACGACUUAUGUUCACCUCUUCCUCCUGA